UUCAAGCGGGACGGCGAUCUUUACCAUUUCAAUCUUCAUUUACCAAACAAUAUUUUCAAGACGUAUAUCAGCUGAUAUGUUUCCUUGUCUUCCUACUGUUAAUAAUUCGACGAGUAUGGCUUUUACCUUGAUACAAUAAGUGAAUCUGCUGAAACGCUAUUAUCUAUCAAAAAUGGAGGCUACCCUUCGAUCGAUGAAAUCAAAACUGAAAUAAUCGACGAUGAUACAAUGGAUAUGGACGAUCAACAAAUUUCAAAUAAUUCAACAGACUCGCAUAUGGAUACAGAAGAAUCUGAUCCAAUUCCUGAACUAGGACCUGCAGCAUUAGGGUUGCAAAGAGUAGGUGCUCUACCUCCACCAAAACCAAAUCCUCCGACUCAACCGGUUCAAGUUCUAAACCGACGAGGAAUGCCAGCACGAAUAAGAAAGAAAAAUAAAUUGUUUUAUGAUGAUAUAUUAGUUAAUCAUCCGCAUCAUAGAAUCAAAAAAGAUCCAUCUCAACCAGAUACCAAACAAUCUCCUAAAAAAAUACCUAGACCUUCUCCAGCAAAAAAACAAAAUAGAAUAACCAAUGAGCCACGAAAAAAUAAUAAUAUGUUAACCCAACCAUUGACACCUACAGUGACACCAAUUAAACAAGAAAAAGAACCUGAUAAACCUUUACAACCUUCGUCUCCAGAUCGUAAAAUUGGACAAAAGAUUGGCAUGAGAUUAAGAAAUUUAUUAAAGUUACCAAAAGCACACAAAUGGGUUUGUUACGAGUGGUUUUAUAGUAACAUUGAUAAGACACUUUUUGAAGGUGAUAAUGAUUUUAUGAUAUGCUUGAAAGAAUCAUUUCCACAAUUAAAAACUCGGAAAUUAACUCGUGUUGAAUGGUGUAAAAUAAGAAGAAUGAUGGGUAAACCACGAAGAUGUUCUCAAUCAUUCUUUGAAGAAGAAAGACGAGAGCUAGAAAGGAAAAGACAAAAAAUUCGAAUGCUACAGCAAAGAAAAGCUGCGGAUGUUAAUAGUUACAAAGAUUUACCACCAGAAAUACCAUUGCAAUUAGUAAUAGGUACCAAAGUUACAGCAAGACUGAGAAAACCACAAGAUGGAUUAUUCACUGGAAGUAUUGAUGCAGUGGAUACUAGUAAUAAUACUUAUAGAAUUACAUUUGAACGUGCUGGACUUGGAACACAUAGUGUCCCAGAUUAUGAAGUACUGUCAAAUGAGCCACCAGAAACAAUAAGUGUUGCAUCGUUUGCUCAAAAGUUUAGACCUAGACAUGUACAAUAUGUACCAUCUCCACCGUAUGCAAUGAAGUUAAUGUCUCCGCGUCUAAAUAGCGAUCCUUUAAUAUCUAAUGCUUCUGUAGCGCUGCCAAAGAAAUCUCAUAUUGGUGGAACUAUGAAUGGUUAUCCUCUUAAAUUACUUGAAUUUAUGGUAAAAGUAAAUAAAAUAUUAGCCGCAAAAAAAAUAAAGCUUAAAAAAUUGAAAGAGAUGAAUAGUGAAGCAGAAAAAAGACGAUCUUUUGGAGAACCACUUCCACCGGAUUUUGAGAGAAGAUAUGCAGGAAUUGUGGUUGAAUUGGAGAAAAUGAAUACUGCUCUUCAAGAUUUUCUUAACGAUGUCCAAGAAUUAUGUCAAGAAAUGGCUCCUGAACCUAGCGUGGCUGCUAUGCUAGCUCCAUCCCACCUUCGUGAAAAGUGUAGACAGGAAGCGGCAGAUAUGAUCACUAGAAAUAAUAUUAUCAAUGACAAGGAACCUGGGAAAAUGACUCAAUUAGUAACAGAUUUAACCGCUCUAAUGCUUCAAGUGAAGAGUUUAUCUGAUUCAGACCGAAACGCAUACGAACUGAAAGUAUUACAGGGUACUAUGGAACAAAUACGUUCAAAACUGAGUCCACAGAAUCAACAAGUUUUUCAAAAUUGUGUUGAAAUACAUAUGCAACAUAUACAAUUAGGUCUUGGACAAAGAGGUGCUUUAACACCAUUUAUGGCUCAAAGGGCUUAGCAAAUGUAAAAGUAAUCUUCGCAAUACUUUUAAUACAUGUACAUUACUAAAACAGAUAUAGAACAUAAUACUACAAUAUUUUAUAAGAAAAUCCAACUUUAUUUUAUUAUCUUUUUGUAUAAGGCAUAUCAUUAUUAAAGAGUAUCUAUAUUAUUAGGAUACAAAUGUGUAUUAACACUACUGUACAUACAAUGUUUCUAAAACUACUUUUUCAAGCUGCAUUCUGUAAAUGCUUUUAGAAUAAUGUGCUGUUAAUUGCAUUAAACGUUUAAAAAUGUUCAUAUUUUAAAGAUUUACAUGUCAGCUUUGCAAUUUAAAUACAACGCGAAGUUAUCUUUCAAUUACUAAAUCAUUAAUACUGCUGUAAAUAGAAUAUGCACGUUCUACAGUGACAGUUUUCAUAAACUUCGUAUAGAAAUUAAUGAUUUUAAAUUAUAAUAUUUUCAGUUUGUAAAAUAUAAUUGUUCUUUUUUGUUUGUCUAUUAAUAAUUGAACAGAUUAAUAUAUAAUUAUUAUAUUAGUAUCAUUUAGUAAUUCUUCAUAGUUCUGUAUAUUAGGCAUAUUCACUAACAUUGCGAAAUAAAUUGUAAAUACAUUAUGAGUGGUAAAAAUAUACAAUUCUUUUGAAAUAAAUCUUAUUCACAAUAAAAUAGAAAUUUACUACAAUUACACACGUAAAGUUAAUAUAAAUAAUUUCAAUAUAGACAUUAUUUUCAAUGACAA